UAGUCGGAUGUGACGUUACUCUUUUUUAUUUUUGGUCAUAACAUUACCUUACCUUUUAUAUAUUAUUCACUAGUUUACCUUUACCUAGGAAACAAAUACUACAGUAACGAUGCUUCUCCAUUAUGGAGAAGUCCCGCUUUUUACCGUGCGAUGAUUUGAAAGGUUUAUAUCCCUCUCCUCUCUUUAUUUUUUCUUUUUUUUUUCCUUCUCUCUCCUCUCUCUCUUCCCUUUUGCUCUCUGCAGUUUUCUUAUUCUCUCUUCCAAUCUCUGCAACUCAAUCCCUCAUCACAAUAUCUGCAGCAUAAUAAGGAUGUGGUUGUUGUAGAGCACAGUGAUAAGAGGGCAAUGUUGAUUUGUGAUCCUGAAACGAAAGAGAGGGAGGCAGCGCAAAUGUUUUAUUUCUUUUUAUUUUCAUAAAAGAGUAAAUUUGGAAAGAAAAAGCAAACUUGUAUGACGGUGUUAAUGACAUAGUUUAAAGUGUUACACGUGUUAUCAUUAGAAAAGAGAAAAUUCAAAAGAGAAAGUUAGAGAGAAAGCUGUUAACAUUCCCGUAUAUAUCAUCUCCUUCUCCUUAAGGAAUUGGAAAGUUCAUGCAGACUGCAGAGACAACAUGAAAACCAGCACUCAACCAAAACUUCUCACUUUCAAAUACGUGUUUCUCUCUCUCCUUCUCACUCUCCCCAUUCUCCUUCUUGUACUCCGUCUUCAACCUCAAAACCUCCGCUGGACCGCCGCCUCACCCGGUAACAUCCGCCCGCCAACCGUACCCAACAUAACCACCCGAGGCAUCCGAAUCCGACCCGGCUACACCUCGUACGAAGCCUACAUCCAGCGCCAGGUCAACAAGACCCUCAACCCUAGGCUGCGACAAGUUUGGAUCACCCGCGACUGGGACCGGAAGAUCCAAGUCUUCUCCCAAUUCUUCCAGAACCUAAAGCGCCGGAGCCUCCUCUCCAACGACUCCAAAUCCCUCUGCAUCGGCGCACGAGUCGGCCAGGAGGUCGAGGCGCUGCGCCGAGUCGGCGUGUCCGACUCAGUCGGCAUCGACCUCGUGCCCUACCCGCCGCUGGUCGUGAAAGGGGACUUCCACAACCAGCCCUUCGGCAACGACACCUUCGACUUCGAGUUCUCCAACGUGUUCGACCACGCGCUGUUGCCGGACAAGUUCGUUGCGGAGAUCGAGCGGACGUUGAAGCCACGUGGCGUCUGCGUUCUACACGUGGCGGUUGCGAGGCGGACGGAUAAGUACUCGGCGAAUGACCUGUUUAGUAUCAAGCCGUUGGUGGAGAUGUUUCGGAGGUCUGAGUUGGUUCAGGUUAGGGAGAUUGACGGGUUUGGGGCUAACACGGAGGCGGUUUUUAUGAAACGGGAAACGGGAUACGGGGAACACAUCCAACGGUCUUGAUUGACCCAAUAUUGCCUCUCUCUCUCUCUCUCUGUGCAAAUAUUUGCAAUAUAUUAUUCACUUCAAAUUUUUUUAAAAAAUCUCUCAUUUAAUUUGGUAGAAUUACUAUGAUGUGUGCAUAUAGAGACGUCUAUUAGAAAGAAAAAAAAAGAUUGAGCCGUUUGUCAUUUUAUGCUCGUUGAAUUGAUCGAAUGAAUCAAAUUUUGCCAUCAAAA